UAACUCGUUAGCAUGAGAGCGUAAAUGUUAAAACUUACAUCUUUAUUGUGGACAGUUUUUGUCUAAGACUACAGCAGAAACGCGUUUUAGACCAGCAACAUAACAGCGAGUUAAAAAAACAAUUUUUACAGUUUUUAUUUGAUUUUGACUUUGUUUUGGUAGCGCAUGUCAAGUUAGCCGUGUGGAAACUGCACAUGAUCUUGAGCAGUCUGACUUAUUUCAACAGGUGUUAGCUUUAAGGACGUGCAACAAGUAACUUAAAAGUUUCUCAUUUUGAUGCAGCCAGCCAUCAUCUAUGGACCAGAGGCAAAUGCUGCUGUCUCAGAUGAUGAAGAUGAUGAGGAGGAGGGAGGCAGUGGUGGUGUUGGUGAAAGUUCGGUUGGAGAGGAGACUGUCAUGGGCCAGGGUGAUGAAGUCAAAGUGGAAGUCCAUGAAAGCGUCACAGAUUCUGGAGUCUCUGUAGUUUCCUCAACUCCAACAAAAACAAGUGAGAAAAUAUCAAAGUGGAAAAUGAGAAGGGAGAAACUGAAGUUGAAGAAGAAGCAGCUCAAGUCAACUGAGACGUCUGCCAAUUUAAUGGCAGAGCUUCCAUUUGCGCUGACCAGCCCCACCACAUGGAAAGAGCUGGGAUUCCCCAAUCCUGCAUUAUCAGAGAAAAAAAGAAAGAGGAAAAGAGACAGCGGAGGACGAGGGGACAGUGAGGAGGAUGGAGACCAGAAGAAAAAAAAGAAAAAGAGCCAUCGACCCAAUUAUUUUGUCUCCAUUCCCAUCACAAACACACAGAUAAAGUCAGCUGUGACUGAAAUCCAGGAGGCUGUGCUUCAGCAGGAACCACGACUGGCCAAAGCCAUGAUCCCUGUCCCAACUCUUCACAUCACUCUUCUAGUCACUCAUCUUACCAGUCAGGAGCAAGUGGACUUGGCUGCAGCUGUGCUGGCUCAGGUUGAGCCGUCAGUGGCUGAGCUGCUGGGGGGGCGGGAUCUGGUGCUGCCCUUCUCGGGAAUCGGUCAUUUCAGGAAGGAGGUGGUGUUUGUUGGACUGGACACAGGACUACACAGACACACACUGGACAGCCUGGCAGAGUUGCUGCAGAGCCGUUUUGAGGAGCAGGGUCUCCUACAGAGAGACUGCCCAAGCUUUGAGCCCCACCUCACCAUUAUGAAGCUGUCCAGAGCACCAAAACUACGAUCUCAGGGUAUAAAGCGCGUGAACCCAACCCUGUACUCCGAAUACACAAACAAGAUUUUUGGAAACCAGACAGUGGAGCGGGUGGAUUUGUGUUCUAUGUUGAAAAAGAAGCAACAGGACGGAUAUUACCACACUGAGACUUCACUACAGCUGGAUUUAACUCCGGGUCCAGUCCAUGCCAAGCGCUCAAGUGGGCGUCGCAUUUCUGAGCCCGAUGAGGCGGAGCUUCUGAGGGUCAGCAGGCGAUUGGUUGAGGAUGCUGUCAAUCGCGCCCUGCAACAAUACAAACAGGAAACACUUCAAAACGGGGGCAGGCCUAACGCGGCAACGGUGCAGCCCCCCGGAAACACCGAGGACACCUCUACAAAGACAGACACUACAGCCAACUCCUCCACAGACAACAGGAAGUGAUGUCAUCGAACGGGGGCGCAUGGACUGGAAAAAUCCAGCAGCUUAGAAAACAUCAACCAAGCCUGACGGCCCAGGAGAGAAGAUCUGCGCUCAGAGGCUGAAUCAGAUCCGAACAGUCGGCCCCAUUAGCCGACCAGCUCCACCCAGCCGACCAGCUCCACCCAGCCUCGCGCUCCGACCAACGCUCCACCUGAGCCGAACAAAAAGCUCCUUAAUCGAUCGUAGCUCAACAUUCGGCUGCUUACUCCGCUGUGAAACAUCCAACAGCAACGACGGGAUAUAUUUUUACACAGGC